AUGCCCAAGAUAAGUGUAUCCGCAACAGACAUUGCCCGCGAACUGAGCCCGUACGCAAACAAGAUCUUACAGAGCCAAAGGAAUGGCAAAUUUGAUCUACCUCCCAGCAUGCUUCCCGACAAUGCAUUUCGCAUCGAAGAGGUGGCAUCGUACGACGAGCCACGUGCGAAUGCAUAUGCAUCAGCGUCACUGAACCCCGACGAAGCGAUUCCGGCAACCGUCACAUUGAAAUCAGGCGCAAAGAUCUGUGACAUCGACCAUGUAAUACUUUGCACUGGCUACUAUCUCACCCUACCUUUCCUACCACAGCUCACCUCGGACGAGACGCCAGUCGAGCGUGCCGACGACGCGGUGUUGGUGACGGAUGGUACACAAUUCCACAAUCUACACAAAGACAUCUUUUACAUCAACGAUCCGACCCUGGCCUUUGUUGGAGUGCCUUUCUUCACGGCCACCUUCACGCUAUUCGAGUUUCAAGCUAUGGUUGUUGCAAAGGUGUUCUCAGGCCAGGCCAAGCUUUCCAGCAAUGAUGUUAUGCGGUCGGAGUACAACGCACGCGUGGGGAGUAAAGGUUAUGGCAAGUCGUUUCAUAGUCUGCGGGAUCAAGAAGCGAGCUAUGUCAACGAGCUUAUGGACUGGGUCAAUGCUGAUCUACAAGAAGCCGGUAAAGAUAAGUUGCAUGGUCAUACCGAGAAGUGGCACCGCGCAAGGGCAGAGCAGCUUGAGAGGAUGAAGGCUUUCUUUGCUAACCCCAUACGUGAGAAGCGAUUUGAAGCGACGUGUAUAUGA